GUCACUAAGCCCCCGGGGAAGCUGGCGACUUCCAUGGUCUCAAAACACUUAAAAGCCUGCCUGGUCUGCACUUAACACCAUUUGCUUUUCAUUUUUCUCUAUCAACCUUACUUCCUUGGCUGGAAUAAACGAGAUUAUGACAUGCUUGAUGACAGUGAUAAUGUCAGACCGCUGUGAUCCCCGCCACAUCUGACAUGGUAGUUCCAUAUUCAAUGAAUACUUCGUGUCAAAAGAUAUAAAAGUUCUCUGCUUGCAGAAUGAAAAAAAAUACAGGUUACCGCAAAUAGGAAGUUGGCCCUUGAGACAAGAACUUUGCGACACACAGCUUAAUGGCAGUAAUCACUGUUUCAUCAUUCUGAGAAACAGGAAUGGUAACAGAAGCAGCAAGUGAAAAGCUCCGUCUUAGACAAUGACAUCUUACAACUGGACUUUGUCUUAAAAGGGGAAGGCAACAUGGGAAGCCAAAUGUCCAAACCUGAACCAAACGAUAAGGGACCAGGCACCCACCCCACCACAGCCUCGGCAGUGACCUCUGCACCCUGCCCCUCUGGCCACCUCAGCAAAGAACAUUUGGUCUUAGCCUUUUUUGCUGGGGUUAUACUGACACUGCUGCUGAUGGCCUUUGUCUUCCUCAUCAUAAAGAGCUUCAGAAAAUGCCCCAUGGGUGAGACUUGUUCCUCUUCUUCCUGGCACUUGCAGCAGGUCAUUCCAGUCCCCAGACCCUGGAUCCUCCUUCAGAUCAUCCAGCCAAGCUUUCAUCCUCAGAGGAGGUGCUUACCUAUGCCAGCAUGAUUUUCAAAGCCCCCAAAGAAAACGGCGCUCACCUGACCGAGAGUGUGCAGAAUGCUGUAUACUCGGAUCCUGCUGUCUAUGCUCAGGUUAAAGUGACAAACUCACCUUGCCUCUCCAGUGAGGCUUGAGUCCAGUUCCUUUUAUCUCACCUCCAUCUUCAUCCAUCAUUUUCCAUUUUAACAAAUUCUGGACUAUGACCAGAUGAAACCACAGCUGGAGCUGUCUGGAUGUACUUGGACAAUGCUAGUCCCCAGUUUGAAGACCAAGGGUCAAUCUUUUCCUGGCCUGAGAAAAGGUCUAUGGCCCUCCCACUUGAACCAACAGCCUGUUAGACUGUUGAGAGCUGAGAGUACCUCCCCUGUCACCUUCUAAAAAGUGUGAUAUAGAGCUCACAGCACCAAGAGUGUUCCCUUGGCAUCAUUGAUUUACUUGGGAAGAGUCAACCAAAUGAACAAUCCGGGUUGGAUUACAAAUAAAAGCAGACUCUGCAAUGCUGA